UAAACCGAAUGCUUACUAUGGCAAACUCGCGUAGGUUUCUUAGAAAAAGGUCAAUAGAGUGUCGUUGCGAAUAUUAAGAAGCAGUUCUAUUUUAAAACGAAGAUGAAACGGACGUUAGCGCUUCUCGUACUACUCGCUUGCUGUGCCUUCAAUCGCUGCGAAACGGAUGAAGAUAGCGAAGAAGGUGAUGCAGGUUUGGAAUUUAUCGAAGUGGGAAGUGGCGCAUCCCAACCAGUGGUAACAGUUAUUAAUCUCACCAACUCUACAAUAAUCAGCCAAUCCGGCAAUAAUAAUAGCUCAAGACCUAACUUUGUAUUGCCCUCAAAUCAUCGAAUUGUUGGUGGUCGCCAGAUCUCUAUCGGGGAAGCACCCUGGCAGGCAUCUGUUAUACAGUCAAGCACUUUGAUUUGUGGUGGCUCAAUUAUCAGCGAAUCUUGGGUGCUGACCGCCGCUCAUUGCGUCUAUGGUAAUGUUAGUAAAAGGCAUGCCGUACGCGCCGGCUCUAACCAAUUCAAAACCGGCGGUCAAUUGCGCAUUGUCGAUCGUGUACUCUAUCAUGGUGGUUACAAUCCUAAAACUUCUGCUAAUGAUAUAGCCUUGUUACGUACAAGUAAACCGUUCAAAUUCAAUGCAAAUGUAAAAGCCGUCCGACUGGCGACUGGCAAUAAGGAGCCGAAUUCGUAUUUCAUAAGUGGUUGGGGAACAAUAAGCGAGGGUGCUGCUCGUCCAACGAAAUAUUUGCGUGGCGUCAAUGUGAAUCGGGUGAAAAAGAGGUCUUGCACAAGUUCAUACCGAGGAAUAAGUCAGAUUACGAAUAAACAGUUAUGUGCCACUGCUCCAAAACAGGACAGCUGUCAGGGCGAUUCUGGAGGCGCUUUGACAAGCCAAGGCACACAGUAUGGAGUUGUGUCUUUUGGUUAUGGCUGCGCGCGAGCUGGCUACCCCGGUGUUUAUACCAAAGUAUCCGCUUAUAAAGGCUGGAUUACGGGAGUAACAAAAUCACUGAACCCAAAAAAUUAAAUAUGCAAAAAUUGUAACUAUCAAUAAAUUUAAACAUUUUAUAAAUAUUUAAA